UUGGAGAGCUUGAGAGGGAUUUUGUUUUCCCCUGCGAUUUCGAGUGUCUUCUUCUCGUUGGUUCCAUUCCAUCUCUCCCCAUUCUUUGUUGAUACUUCUGUGCUUUUGCCACGAGAUGGGAUCGCUUCGCUUUCGGAUCAUCGCAUUCGCUCUGCUUCUUCUUCUUUCUUCCUUCUCCUCAGCUUUGCCUUCCACCUCCGAUGCCGUCAACCCGCCGUACCCCAAGGCGAUAUCUGAUUUGAAAGAAGCGAUUGUGAAAGGGUUAGGGUUUCCAUCGGAGGAUUUGAAGAUAAGCGGAUUUGACCCGAGAGAUGCCCAAGUGGGGCAUUCUGUGGCGUACGAGUUCGACCUGGAGAUUGAUCAGAAGGUUAUUCCGUUCAAGCUUUUAGAGGACGUGAACCGGUGGGAUUACGUUGAUCUCCCGAUUUUCCGGGUUGAGGAACCGAUUCAACCCGGCGAAGAAAAGGGGCUGGUUGAGAAGAGGAGUUCGGGUGAUAGGUUGCCAGUUUUGGCUCCGUUUCAGUUGGCUGGACCCAUGGAACUCUGGAUCCAGGACGCCAAGGAUAUGAGGAUUUCCCUCCCUCAUGACGUUGAUGCUGGUGUGCUCAAGAAAGUGAUAAUAGCAGAUGGUGCUGUUGUCACUGUUAAAGGUGCUAGAUCAGUUAGCCUUCGCAAACCACUUGAUAUCCCCCUCCCUUUGAACCAAACACACAAUGGAUUCGCCGCUGGUCUUAUGGCCUUGGCGGAGCAGCUCCGCCAUGCUUCCCGCACCCACGUACAGGGUGAUCCUCUUCUCUCUCUCCGCAUUGUUGGUCCAACAUCACUUUCAUCCCCAUCCUCUUCACCCUCUUCACAUAACCGGCUCAAGCUCAAGCGCCUUGCACCAGGUCUGGUGGAACUAUCUUCCCCAGUAAACACAAAGGCCAUUGAAACACUAUCUCCCAUUGAUAUCCUAAAUGAUGCGCCGACUCUCUUGGCUCCAACUCAGUUUACCACAAUGUGGCCUGUUGCUUCCAUCAAUGGAUCAAACCCUAACUUGUUGGGUUUUGAGGCUCUCUUGUCUUCUGUGUUGGGUCCUAAGGCAAACAAGAAAGGCUCCUUCAAGUUGUUGAAGGCAGAUGUUUCUGCUCAGACAUUUGUGAAGAUAGGGUUUCAGGCAGAGAAAAGGCUUAAGGAAGGAGAUGAAGAUGUGUUUAAGGAUUUCCCAGAAUGGAGGACUAAGCCAGAGACAGUGAGGAUGCAUUUUGAGGUGCUGGCAAAGGUUGAUGGUGAUAGAGUGAUACCAGAGAGAGUAACGCCUGUGAACCCUGUAAUUGUGGAAGACACUGUGGCACCAAGUGUGCUGACUGGAAAUGUGACCAUGUCUAAGGUGCCAAUAAUUGACGCUCCUUCCAACCCCUUCACCUUGUGAGAUGAAGGAGGAGGAGCUUGAUUUUGAUGGAGUUAACGAAUGGAAUUGUAAAAAUAUAGGAGGUUUUAAUUUUUAACUUGAUUAUAUUCUUUUCGUUAAGAAGUUGAUUAUAUACCUAAUCAUCAUGAAACCUGUAAAUAUGUAUCUUUGCUGAGAUGCGAUGUUUUAAGAGACCAUCAUAAAGAAUUUUACAUGCAAGAGUUGCACUUCGUUUGACUUGUGA